UUUAUUAUCGGUGACGAUUAGUGUAAAGGUUUUUUGUUCUGUUCUCUGUCUUUUUUUCUCGUCUUAAUUUUGUGAAAAUUUGAAAUAUUUUUUCCGACAAGUUUUUGGCUAUUUGGAUAAUCAAAUCCAUCUAUGACAAUGAAGAUGUCAAACGAUGAACCAAAUGUUCUAUCAAUUGGUACUGAAGUUAGUGCCAAAUAUAAAGGUGCAUUUUGUGAAGCACGAAUAAAAAAAGUGAAUCGUAUUUUACGUUUAAAAGUAACAAUAAAACCAUUGACAACACCAAUAACAAUAUCGGAUAAUGAAGUUGAAAGUGGUCGUAUUCGUAUUGGUGGUCAAAUUCUAGUAAAACGUUCGAAUAGUAAUAAUAGUUCACAAUCAAUACCCGGAACUAUAAAUAAAAUUUUAGAUCAAAGUCUUUAUACGGUUGUAUUUGAUGAUGGUGAUGAAGCAACAUUAAAACGAUCAUCACUUUGUUUAAAAUCUGGAAAACAUUAUUCUGAAAGUGAAUCAUUAGAUCAACUACCAUUAACAAAUCCGGAACAUUUUGUAAAUCCAGUUAGACGUUGUCGUCGUGCCCGACAAUCAUCAUCAUUUACAUUAUCACCAUAUCAUAAACAUCAUUCAAGAAGAAAACAACAACAAAAACAGCAACAACAAGAACAACAACAAACGACAGAUAAUGCAAAUUCAGAUAAUGAUUCCAACAAACCGAAUCGAAAUGAUGGAAUGGAAAAACAGCAACAGCAGCCUGAAACAUCAUCAACAUUGAAAAAAUCACAACGAAAAUCGAAAAAAUCAUCAAUUCAAAUUGCAGCAGCAACAUUGAAUCAACAACAACAACAUUCAACAGAUGUUGGAAAAGUUGUUUGCGUUGAAUAUGGUGAUAAACGUGGUUUCAAAAAUAUCAAAGAUAUUUGGUUUCCAGCUUUUGUUGUUUCCGUUUCUAUUUCAACUGAUAGUGUUGGUGGUGGUGGUGGUAGUAAUAGUAACAGUAGCGCAAGUAAUAGCCGAUCAUCCGUAAAAGAUAAUAAUCAAAAUGAUAUGAUGAUUGAAUAUAAAGUAAGAUCAUUUCGUGAUGAUCGUUAUUAUGAUGUUUGUAAAAAAGAUGCUCGAAAAUUUGAUCAUGAUACAAUACGAUCAACAUAUCGUAAUAUGGAUUAUUCCAUUGAAUUACAACAAGCAAUUGAAAAAGCAUUAAUUUAUUUGGAAUCAUCAAAAUUUCCAUCAAAUUGGGAUGAUAUGGAUAUUGUUGUUCAACAACAACAACAACAACAGUCUCUUUCAUCAUCAUCAUCAUCAAUAAUGAAUAUUGAAGAUGAUGAUACAUUGACUAAAGAUUCAAAUUUUGAACAAAAUGAUAAUGAUGAAGAUGAUGAUAAUGGUGAUGAUGAUGAUAAUGGUAGUCAACGACAAAGUGAUGAAGAAGAUGAUGAUUCAAAUGAAGAUUUAGAUGACGAUGAUGAUGAUGAUAAUAGUUCAGAAUCCGAUGAUUCUGAUAUCGAUAGUGAUGAUGAUGACGAUGAUGAAGAUGAUGAUGAUGAUGAAGAUCCACAAGAACGACAACGACGACAACAAAAGCAAUCAGAAGAACGAGAUGUUUUUGUUGCAAAAUUAUAUAAAUUUUGGGAUGAUCGUGGUACACCUAUAAAUGAAUGUUUAAUGGUACUUGGUGAACAAUUAAAUCUUUAUCGUUUACAUCAAAUUGUACAUAAAAUGGGUGGUCUAAAUCGUGUUAAUAGUCGUAAUCGUUGGAAACAUGUUAUCAAUAAACUUGGUAUUGGUGGUGGUGCAGGUGAUCAUACACAAUCCGAACGUGAAUCAGCUAUUAUGAAAUUGAAAUCAAUUUAUAAAAAUUAUUUACAUCCAUUUCAUGAGUUAAAUCGAAAAUUAGGACCAUCACCGGUAUUAUUAAUUGAUACUGUUCGUACAACGAAUGCAAGGCCAUCUAGAGGUGAACGUAAAAGAGAAAAAGAACGUUCACGUUUAAAUUCGGUUAGUUCAAGUGCAAGUUCCACACCAGCACCACAGCCACAACAGCCUCCACCACCACCAACUUCGAUUUCAUCAAUAACAGCGACGACAAUAAUAACAACAAUGGUAACAUCGACAACAGUCCAAUCAUCUUCAAUGACAGCAUCUUCAGCCACACCUACAACAGCAACGAGUGGAAAUGUUGUUGGUGGUGGUGGUCGAAAAUCUUCGAUUUCAUCAUCGACGAAUAAACAUUUAUCAACAGCAAUAGCUAAUUCAUCUUCAAUGACAACUGGUUCCGGUAUAGAUAAUUCAACUACAAUUGGUCAACAAAGUGGUACAAGUGCAACAACUACAGUAUUAAGUAGUGGCCGUAAUAAAUCAUUGGAUAAAAAUAUUGGCAUUUCAAAUGUGAGAAAUAGUGAUGUAGGUGAUGAAGAAGAAGAAGAAGAUGAUGAUGAUAAUGAUAACGAUGAAAAACCACCACUGUUUCCAUCAACAACAACAUCAUCAUCGACUGCGAAUGUUACUGAAAUGUUGACAUCAACGACAGUAAAACAAAAACCAUUGGAGCAAUCUCAAUCAUCGCAUUCUUCAUCAGGUUCCGGUGGUGGUGUAUCAUCAUCGAAUAAUAAUCAAGAUGAUUCUAUACAAAAACAAUCCACUGCUUUAAAAGAAAAAAUGGAAGAAAGAAAACGACGUCGAAAAUUUGUAAAUCAAAGAUCUGGAUUAGAUUUUUCAUCAUUUGCUGGAAAACUGGUAUUGAUAAAAGAUGGUGAUAAGAAAGUAUUAAUGCCAUAUGAAGAAUUUCGUCGUAAAAAUGGUGAACCAGAUACGAAAAAUAUUAAAAUCAAUGAUUGUUUAGAAGUAUUAUAUGGAAAAGGACGUGAAAUGGAAAUAUUUCGUGCAAAAGUGUUGAAAAUUGAACAAAAAUUUUCCAAUCCAGUAUUUUAUGUUCAUUAUCAUGGUUGGAGUACUAGAUACGAUGAAUGGAUAAAUUCAUUGAAAAUAACGAAAUUAUUAGAUGGUGAAUGUCCAACAAAACGAACAAGAAAUAAACGUAAUAGUAAAGUAAUUGAUUCAAUGCAAACAACAACAGUGUUGAAUAAACGUUUAGCAUCGGAUACAGAAGAUUUACGAUCUGCUGCAUCAGGUAUUGGUGGUGGUAGUGGAUCGCAACGAAAAUCUUGGACCGGUAAUAAUAAUAAUGAUAGAAUAACGUCAGCAUCAGAAUCAUCAUCAUCAAUAUCCGAAACGAAACGUACCCGAAUUAAGGAUGAUAAUAAAGAUUCAAGCAAUGUAUCGACGUCAACAACAACAACACCUACAGGUAGAAUAAAAAUCGAAGAACAACAAUCUACACCAUCUACUGGUGUUGGUUCUAGACGACGAACAUCAUCUUUAUCGAUAAAAAAUGAUCAGCAAAAAAUUGAACGAUCAAUAUCGAUAUCAUCAACGACAACAACAACAAAACGAACAACAUCCAUAUCGAAAUCAACGGAUUCAACAACAACAAUAACACGAAAAUCAAAUAAGCGAAAUGAAGAAUGUGAUCGUCAAGAUGAUAAUGAACAACCACCACCAUCUUCAUCAUCGAGAUCAAAUCGAAAGGAUUCAAUUGGAAAUAAUAAGAAUCAAGAAUCGAAAAAUUUGACAAAUGAUGAUCAAACUACAACGACGACUGCAACUAAAAAUAGUCGACGAAAAUUGAUUCCAUUAAUGGAUAAAGUAGCAGCCAAUAGUGGUGAUGGUGAAACAUCGACGGCAACAGAAAUAUCGACAACCGAACAACAAACAAAAUCUUCAACAACAAAAGGGAAGCAAACGGCUAAUGAUGCUUAUGAUUUUAUUGAUGAUGAUGAUAAUGAUAAUAAGAAUAAUGUAAUUAUUGAAGAUCGAAAAUCACCGGUAAAAAUGUAUAAAAGUUUUAUUAUAUCGGAUCUGACUAGAAAAGAAGAUCAAGUAGAAAAAGAAAUAACACCACCACAAUCAUCAACAUCUCUUCCAAUAUCAUCAUCGACAAUCGAUGUUGCUAGUGUCACCACUGCCACCGCCGCCGAAUCGAUUUCUUCAGAUAUGAAAAUAGAUGAUGAAAAUAUCCAGGUUAAACAUGAAGAAGAAGAAGAAGAAAAAGGUGAUAAUAUUGUGGUGGUAGAUAAAAAAUCGAAGCAAAGUGUGGAUGAAAAUAUGGAAAUUAUCGAUGAUGAUAAUAAUGAUGAUGAUUUACAACAAGCAUCAAUAUUAUCAUUGAACAAUAAUGAUGAUCAAGAAGUAGUGGAUAUACUUUCGGCUACUGUAAAAUCAUCAUUUGAUGCUUCGACUGUGGAUGAUGGUACUGAUAUUCCUGAAUCAGGUGAUAAUGAGCAACGACAACAGCAACAACAUUCGGAUGAAAGUAGUGAUGAUGGUGAUCGUGAUUCACCUGGUCAAUUAAUUGUUGCUGAAGAUGAUGAUAAUGAUGGAGCAAUUGCUGGUAAUGAAAAUCAAAAAGAUGAUAAUAAAAUUGAUUCAAUAAAAUCAAUUCCAGAUGAUCAAAAACGAUCCACACCUAUUAAAAAUGAUAUUAAACAGCAAAAUGAAUCGAUAAAAAUUCUUGAAACAUCAUUAUCAUCAUCGAAACCGGUUGAAACAAAUCCAUUACUUUGUUCGGAAAUAUUACCGGCCAGUCCACCACCACCCCUACCGCAAUCAUCUGCACCAAGUUCAUUGGGAACAGCAACUACAAGACUGAUUUCAGGUGGUGAUGAUAAUGAUAAUAAUGAUAAUGAAGGAUUCAUUUCAAGACGAUCAGCAUUUGAACCAUUACAACAAUCAUCUGGUGGUAGUAAUCUAUUACCAUUUUCAUCUUCGAAUUUUUCAAGAAAUUUAUCAUCAUCAGAAUCAAUAGUAGCCGGAACUAGUAAUUUAUCAACAAAAAAUCAAAUGGAUGUUGAUGAUGAAGAUGAUGAUGAUGAUUUAGAUAUUGAUGAAAUGGAUGAUGAAUUAGAUAUAACUGCUGGUAAUGAAGCUGAUGUUGAUGAAUUUGAAGAUGAUUUCAAUGAUGAUGAUGAUGAUAUUGAUCAUCGUCGUAAACGUCAUCGAACAAUGGAACGUUCAAAUAUUUCUGGAACUGUUGGUGGCAGUACGACACAACUAACACCAUCAAGACGUCGUGUAACAAUGGAACAACGUAAACGUCGUAAUCGUCAAUCAUCAUCUAAAGGAUCUAGUGGUGGACAUCAUCAACAUCAUCAUCAUUAUCAUCAUCGUCAUCAUCAUAAUUUAUCAUCACAAGAAUCAUCACAAGAUGGUGAUGAUCAUAGUAUGGAUGAUGAUGAAAAUAAUAAUAACAAUAAUAAAUCAAUUGUUGAUAAUGUUGAUAUUGGUGGUGGUCAACAAUCAACAUCGUCUGCUAAAUUAUCUGAUCGUAAUAAUAAUAAAGGAUUGAAGACUGUUUCUGGUAAUAUAUCUGUUGGUACAACACGUAAACGUCUUAUGUCAGCAUCCAAUGAUCAUUUAUUAAUGAAAAAUGAUGAUGAUUCAUCAUCUGGUAGUCAAAAUAAUCAAAAUAAUAAUAAUAAUAAUCGUAAUGAUAAAGAAAAUCAGAAAACAUUUGUUUCACCUAAUCAUCAUCAUCAUCAACAAUCACCAUUAUUAUCAUCGGGUAAAAAAAGACGUCGUGGACGUAUGCGUACUGUAUCACAAUCAGAAUUGCCCACAACACCGACAAGAUCAGAAUCAUCAUCCACUAAUAUCACUACCACUUUAGGUCAUCAACAAUUAUCAAGUAGUGGACAAAAAUCUGGUUGUAAAACAAGAGGUCGACAUCGUAGUGGUGGUAAUCAAUAUUUAUCAAAUAAUAAUAAUUAUCAAUAUGAUACAUUUUUAUUACGAUCAUCAUCAAAUAAUAUUAAUAAUGAGCAACAGCCAUCAUCAUCUAUAUAUGAUCAUCAUGGAUCAUCAUCAUCGUUAGCAAAUUUUAUUGCUGGUGGCGGUGGUAAACCACAACCAGUUGAUUAUGAUUUAUUGAAUAGUUAUAAACCAAUUAGUCGUUUUAAUUUUCUUACACCAAUUGAUCUAUCAUUAUCUUCGGAUGAAAAAUGUAAAGAAAUGAUGAAUCGUAUGCGGGAGAUGAAAAAAAUAUUUAAUGAAUAUAAAAGAAAAUUGGCUGCAUACGAGAGGAAGAAGAAAAAAAUUUCUAAAAAAUCAAAAAAUAAUGAACGAAAGCAGCAACGAGAAUCAAAAAAUUCAAAUCAGGAAACAAAAUCCACAAAUGAACAAGGCCGUGCAUCACGUUUAAAAAGAGAUUCAAUUACAUCAUUAUCCACUAAUAAUACCACCAUCACCACACAAUCAUCAUCGAUCUCCUCUGAAUCACAGCAACAACAACAGACAACGGAAAUCAAUAAUGAUCUACCACCGUCAACAAGAAAAUCAAGUAUUGAGUCAUAA